AUGGAGAACGUGUGCACGCUGCUCACCACCAACAUCCUCGAUGUGCAGCAGCCCACGCUGCUCGCACAGUGUCGCGAAUUCGGCACUGACAAGGUUGCUGUCGCGGUGGAGAAGUGCCAGAUGCUGCACAAGCGGGAAAAGUGGGAUCGUUUGAAGACGACGGCGGAGCGCCUAGUGGCGACACUAAAGAGCACCAAGCAGGCGCUGCCGCGUGAGGGCGCAUACUGGCCCCGCGCCAUGAGCGUCGCUCUCGCCUACCAGGCCUUGGCUGCCGCCCACGCAGAAGACUGGCACCAUGUCGCUCGCCACGCAGACACUGCGUUUGUGGUUGGCGGCCCACAGGAGUUUGUGGAGGUUGCAGAGCUCGCUGCAGCCCAACUCAGCACCGCCACAGAGGAGGGUCACAGUGGCACGACCACCGACACCACCACCGCCACUGAUAACAGCAGCACGAGCAUGCUUGACGUGCCGCCCCCGACAACAGCGCCGCUUGAGCAGCCCAUCAAGCGCAUCCCAGCGGCUGAUCUCGAGCACCACCUCGCCACCGACCCAGAUACGCCCGUGGUUGUGGAGGGCCUGCAGGCGGAGUGGCGCGCGCCAUCGCGGUGGGCAGACGUCACAUUCAUGAUGCGCAAGUAUGGUGCACGCAGCGUGCCCCUUGAGUUUGGAAUGUGGCCACACCUCACCGAGGACAUGCUCACGCUGCGAGAGUUCUUUACACGCUACUUCUCGCAGCCUGCAACGAGCACGAGCAGUGGUGGAAAUGGUGGAGAGGGUGACCAGAAGCCUGAGGUGGCGUAUCUUGCACAACACAACCUGCUGGAGCAGAUCCCGGCGCUGCAAGCGGACCUGGCAAUACCUGACGUGUGCUCGACCCAUGACCGCUCACUGCACGAGGCCAGCGUGUGGUGGGGCAGCAAGGGCACCGUCACGCCCAUCCACUUUGACUCGUUCCCAAACCUCCUCGCACAGGUGGUCGGCUACAAGUACGUGCGGCUGUUCGCGCCCAGCGAAUCAAGCAAGCUCUACCCUUUCACGUCGGGCAGCGGCGACGCCGGUGAUGAUAAGGGCAGCACCAACGCCGACAACAGCGACGGCGAAGACGACAGAAGCGCGCGUGCGUGUGAACAGGCUGUUGAAGGCGGCCGCUACGCCGGGCAGAGCAACAUCUCCCGAGUUCCAGACCCGCGCAAUGUCGACACAGAUCGCUUUCCCGCCAUGAAGGAUGCCGCGUUUGUGGAGGCCGUGCUCGCACCCGGUGACACGCUCUACAUGCCUCGGUCCCACUGGCACUUUGUCACCAGCCUGUCGCCAUCCAUGUCCGUCAACUUUUGGUGGAAGGAGGGCGGUGCGUGA